AUGGGUCUACUGACAAUAAUACGGAAGCAGCGGAGGAAGGAAAGAGAGAUGAGGAUCUUGAUGCUAGGACUGGAUAAUGCGGGCAAAACGACUCUUGUGAGGAGGCUCAAGGGCGAUCUGGAUCUCUCGAAGGUUAUGCCCACCCUAGGCUUCAACAUCGAUACCUUAAUUCACCGAUCCUACUCACUAAAUAUCUGGGACAUAGGCGGACAAAAGACCCUGAGACCGUACUGGAGGAAUUACUUCGAAUCAACAGAUGCGAUCAUCUGGGUAAUAGAUUCUACUGACCGGGCUCGACUAUCAGAUACCUCAAUCGAACUAAACCAACUAUUGUUGGAGGAACGGCUGGCUGGUGCUUCUUUAUUAGUGUUUGCGAACAAGCACGAUCUGGCAGGGGCUUUAUCCCUCGAAGAGAUUGAGCAGGCGCUUGCUCUCAAAGCAAAACCCACCGGUCAUCGAUAUCGCAUCAUGGCUUGUAGUGCAAUCUCAGGUAUGAAUGUGAUGGAAGGCUUGGAUUGGGUAGUUGACGAAGUCGCCAGUCGCUUGUAUCUUCUUCAGUAA